UUCGCAAGUAAUUAUCCAGCAUCCUUGACAGUCGAACAACAUGUUUACUUUACUAGCUUCCCUCCUCUUCACAGCUUCAGUGAAUGCUAUUGAACACCAUGACCUCAACCCGGUCAGCACCAUAGAUGUAUUCACCCACCAGGACUUUUUCGGCAGUGGGGUCAUACCAGGCGACUUCAGGAAUGCACCAAUCAACCCAUUCCUGGUGAAGAACUACUUCAAGCAUUCGUGUGCGUCGACCGAAGCUUGCUUGAAGGAAGCUCUCAUCGCCCACCCAUCCAUCAUCCUCAUAAAAUCCGAGCUGGAUCCCACAGUUCUGCUGGCCUAUGUGGCGCCCCAAGGCAUCAACUCCAUCUUCGAACAAGGAAUGUUCAAAACUCUGCGAGAUUUCCUGCUCACACCCCACCCAAAGUCCGCAGUUUUCUACUCGCCCAAGAUUUUCUACAACGCGCAUCUUUCGCACACGCCCGUCUGCAAGUUCAUUCUCCCCGACAACUUCAAGAUAUCCGACCUUCAUCUGCUGGCUCACAACAGCGACGAGAUUCCCGUGCUGGCACUCUUCGAAUCGGCCGAUUUUGAGAAAUUCAAUUUCCACAGCGUCAAACAGUUUGCCAAACUGAAUGUGUUCCCUGAUAUAAUUGAGCCCGUUCCUCGUUGUUCAGCUCCACACACCAGCUCCCCUGUAUUUUACUAAGUUUCAAUCCUCUAAUUCUUUUCCAAACAAUUAAUUUAUUCCUACACUCAAUACAGCUCAGGUUUCUUAGUUCCAAUUCGUAGUUUCAAAGAGACUGAUAAAAAUAGUUACUUAACUCUUGAAAUUUCCAAACCUAGGUAGUAUCACAGAUUUAAGCCAUAUAUGUUUAUUUAGUUCAUGGUUGUGUUAAAACAAAAAAGGUUUCUUGAAGCUUCUUGUUCAGCUCCAACAUUUCGAUUAUCGAAUCUAUCAUAUCGAUUCUUGGAAUUUGAAUUGGAUUAGGAGGUAUGUUUCAUAAUUUACAUAUCAAACUAUUUUGUAGAAGAAUCAAGCAAUAAUUUGUCUUCCAUCAAUUCUCAAUUGAUCGAGAAUAAAAUUUCUAAUUGAGGAUUAAAUUCCAAAUAGCAACUUGAAAGUUUUUAAUAUUAUAUUCUGUUGAUAAAUAAUCAUUCUCGUGUUUCAUAAUAAAUUUCAAAUAAAUAAUGUUAUGUAAUAAACUUCAGAAAUACAAUAUAAAUAGCACAAGGCUUUUAUCUUUAGGGCUACUCUUAAUAUAAAUAGAAAUACAAAUCUCCGUACCCUUUUAAAUUAUUUUAUCACGACAUGUUUCGGACAUUGAUGCCAUUUUCAAGUCAAACAUGUUGUGAUUUCAUCAAUUUAAAAUAAUUUUAAUCAUUUAUAUUUAUUUUAAAUAGCACAAGUAUUAUGUUUUGUAUUACUCAUGAGAUAAAACUCAAUCUGAACCUUCGUAAAAUAUAAGUAGACUUCACAUUCAUUACGAAGAUUUACCAGAACGUAAAGAAGAUGUAAAUACAGUUCCAGAGAGAAUAAAAUUAUUUUUUAUUUUUCUAA